ACAGCAAAAGUGAGAGAUUUUAGGAAUCAUUGUCCGGUUGCACCAAAACAAAACCAAAAUUUUGUGAAUCAAAAAGAAAUUGAAGAAAAAUGGGAUCAUCAGAAGAAGAAAUAAAGCAGGAAUUAGAAGAAUUACAAAAACAAUUAGCCAAGAAACAGAAAUUCGAAUCCGCAGUUUCCUCAAUCAAAUCCCUCCUCACCAAUUCCUACCAAUCCUCCUCACCUUCUCUUCGUCAAUCAUUCUAUUCUGUGAUAUGUAGAGUAGCAACAAUUUUAAAAUCAAGAUACACAGCGCCAGGCUUCUGGAUGGCCGGAUUAGGGUUAUUCGAGCAAGCUGAGUCUUUACUCUCGGAUCCUUCUCAAAAGGAUUAUUUAAAGAAUUGUAUUAUUCAAGCUAAAGAACACUUGCAUUUAACUGAAAAUCCGCCCGAAGUUUCGCCCAAUUCGUCUCGUAGAGGAUAUUUGUUUGAGGGGCAUCUUACUGUGGAUCCUGAACCGCCUCAGCCUCAAUGGUUGGUGCAGACGAAUCUUAUGAAUUCUAUGGCUUCUAUUUUGGCUGCUGGAUCUUCGAGAGAUCGAGUUGAUGAUAGUAAUAAUAACAUUGCGGAAAGUGCUUCUAGUAUGCUUGAAGAGCUCCUCACUAAUCUUGAUGAAAUUAUCCCUGAGAUUUUGGAUGAUGGAUCCAGAGUUCCGAGAGUUCCUCCUGCUAGUAAAGAGGUGGUCGCAAAGCUUCCAGUUAUUACCCUUACAGAAGAAAUAUUGGCUAAGUUGGGAAAUGAGGCAGAUUGUGCUAUUUGUAAGGAGAAUUUGGUAGUCGAGGAUAAGAUGCAAGAGUUGCCCUGCAAGCAUACAUUUCAUCCCCCUUGUUUAAAGCCAUGGCUGGAUGAGCACAAUUCUUGUCCAAUUUGUCGACACGAGCUUCAAACAGAUGAUCAUGCAUAUGAGAGCUGGAAAGAGCGGGAGAAGGCGGCUGAAGAAGAGAGGAAAGGCGCUGCCAAUGCCGUGCGUGGCGGUGAAUUUAUUUAUAUAUAGAUGAUUACCAUGUAUUUGAUUCACAGUGAAUAUUGCAGAACUAUUUGUACUUUUAGACUUGUUAAAAUGUUUCAUAGAUAUAAUUAAAGUUGAAAUUUGUUUA